AUGCCUGUUACAACAAGGCAAAAUAAGAAAGGGAAAAAGGGCGGCGCCGUUUUUCGCUUUUGCACCAAAGCUUCCGUGUACACGCUUCUCGUUUGGAUUGUAAAUUACUCCAAUUCUAGCCAAUAUGGUGGUAAUUCGUACAAUGUGAUGAACAAUGGCCUUGGAAAGGCCAUGGAUUCAAGAACUCUGAGGUUAUUAGCAGAAGCGUACGAGGAAGAUAUAGAACAAGAUGGACCUAUAGUGUACGACGAGGAAGAUAUAGAACAAGAUGGACCUGCAGUAUACGAGGAAGCUAUUGAACAAGAUGGACCUGCAGUAUACGAGGAAGCUAUUGAACAAGAUGGACCCGUAGUGCACGAGGAAGAUAUUGAACAAGAUGGACCCGUAGUGCACGAGGAAGAUAUUGAACAAGAUGGACCCGUAGUGCACGAGGAAGAUAUUGAACAAGAUGGACCCGUAGUGCACGAGGAAGAUAUAGAACAAGAUGGACCCGUAGUGCACGAGGAAGAUAUAGAAGAAGAUGGAGAAACUACAGGAGUAGUUGGAUCAGAAGAACAAGUUGUACAGAAAGCUCCUUCUCUAUCCUCACUAGAAGAAGAAGUUGUGCAGAAAGCUCCAAAGAAUUCAGCGGAGGAAGGAAAAGUUGAACAUAGGGAUGACGAAUACGCACAAGUACAAUCUCCAUAUAAAAAUAGAGAACAGAAGAUAAAAGAGUAUUAUGAAAAAAGGAAGAUAGAUGUGCACGAUAAUUUUAAACCAACAAUAACAUACAAUUUUGAAGAGGCACUAAAACGUUGUAUUGCAUUCGACGCACGAAUACACGACAGAGAUCAAGACUGCUUGAAUGUUGGUUCAUAUCCAGAAGGAUACCAUGAACCACAAAUGGAAUUAGAGAAAAUGCUCAAUGCAAAAAAACCAAAACAAGAAGGAUAUUUGAGAAUGCAUCAAAACUAUUUUCGAAAUGUUCCAUUAAUAGAUGAUAUAGAUUAUAAUAAAAAACAAAAAGGACCAUACUUCGAAAGAGAAUACGGACGCCUAGAUCUAAGCCCUGCUCGACCAAGAACAACUGCUGUAACAAGAAACGUAGAAAGAAAAAUAAAUAAACCAAAAGUACAAGAAGUAGAAGAAGUAAAAGGAAAGAAAAAGAAAAAAAGAAGAUUCUGCUGUUUCUAA